AUGGAUAAGCAUAAGGUGUUUACUACAUAUCAAAAGUCAUCGAAGAUAGGUGGUGCUGACCGAACUUUUGAAGCCAGCCUUGAUAAUUUUAAACCUAUCGAUUAUCAACCUGUCGAUAAUAAUCUUGGAUGCUAUAAUCAAGUUGGUUAUGGUUAUAAUUUAGGUAUUGGAGUUGAAAUUGAUAAGAAAAAUUAUCUGAAGUCUGCUGAUAUAGACGAAGAUAAAAUAGAACAAAUCAAACCUGAUGAUAAAAUGAAAAAAGACAAUUGUAAGACACUCAGUAAUUAUCAAAAGACUAGCGACUUUAAAGAAAUAUCUCAAGUCGAUCCUGGCUGCCAAAAUAGUAUAGCCGUUAAAAUGAAUAAAAAAAUCUCUGAAUUGGACAAAAAACCUGAAAAUACCGAUAAUUAUGAUGAUAAUGACGAGAUUUGGCAUCCUUGUAAUAACAAAAUUCCUGAAGAUUGGCUGGGCCCUAACGACUUUGAAAUUGACGAAUUUGAGCUAAAGGAGAAAAAAAAUGUGGAAAACUAUCCUGGUCAAGAACUUGUUAAUAAUAACAAGGCUGACAAAAAUAUUGAACUCCUAAAAAGGUUCAAAUUAAUAGAAACACUUACCAGCCCUGUGGAAUUAGUGUUAAACGAAAUAAACACCAGGCGUAUCAACAAUCAACGAAGAUAA